AGUAGUAUUAUCAAGUUGUUCAGUCUGUGUUGUUAAGCGACAAUAAAAUGUCUCUUACAUUGUGGUUUGUAGGUUUCAUAAUUUUAUUGUUUGUUUACAAUUGGGUGUUCAAGAACCCCAAGCCGAUUCUUGGUGUUUACGCGGUCCCAGGAAAGUGGUAUUAUGUGAAAUAUGUCCUGUUCGCCGCUCUGUAUUAUUUUAGAAAGUAUUCAAGUAAACAUGCUGCGGCAGGCCCAGAGGGGCGGGCGGGGCAGGGGGUGAAGGCUAUAGCCGAUCCCAACGCCAUGGACAGAGCGCAACCCCUGAGCGAUGAUGCUAAGGCUUUUGAUGCCGUUUUCUUCAUUUCGGCGAACAGCGAAAAAAACAAAGGCGUCUAUGUGAUCGCUGGCUGUGAAAGAAGACCUCUUGGCAUGUGCAACGGACUGUUCUAUAUUGGUUUGCCAAACAAAGGCUUGCUAUGCAGUAAGAAGAUUCCCGACACGGUUCUAUUUGGGGCCGAAAUCGGCGAGUUUGGCGCUGAAGGGAUCAAAAUCACUCCUGUAGUUCCCAUGCAGAAAUGGACCGUCUCCUACAAAGGACAGAUGUGGUACCAAAAUGAUCCAACCAAACUGGUGGAAGUAGACUUCUUCGGGGAAUGGAACGCCACAUCCAAGCACUUUGAUUUCGACUCCGAUCUCUACCCUCCGGCCGUCAUCAAGUCUAUAGCCUUAGAGAAAUGGAGCAGAGAGUAUUUUGAGAAGCUCAAGACAGCACACCAAUCUCAUUACGAACAGUUCGGCACAUUGAAAUGCAAGUUCAAGAUUGAGAACGAAUCGUUUGAGUACACGCUCCCAUCGUUCAGGGACCACAGUUUUGGUCGUAAGCGCGACUGGACCCUGAUGCACCGUUAUGCUUUCCACCACAUCUUCCUGGAGAACGGCAUCAGUAUCAGCGUUGGAGUCAUCUGUCAACCCUCUACUGCCUCCGUUUUUGAAGCCGGUACCAUAGCCUUCCCCGACGGCGAGGUGUUGCCUAUAAAAUGGGUAGAUUUGAAGCUUUACCAGCAUGGCGAGAAUGGGCAGGCUCCUCGCGACUAUGCCUUCAAGUUCCAGGCGGGUGAUGAGGAGUAUACUGUACAGGUAUUAGUAGAAUACGAAUCGGUCCACUACGUGUCAUCAGAUUGGGACGCUCGCAUGGUCGAGCGAUUCUGCAAGUUUAUCGUGAACAACGUCCCUGGACGAGGAGUCUCAGAGUUCCACUACAGGCACAAGGAUGGAAGACCAGAGUCAGUUGCCAAGAACGAUCCUGAGUGGUACAGGAAAAUGUGCCAUAAGGUGUAGGGAGAGAGUCGAAAGUCCAUUACUGCAGAUCAUGAUUCAAGGAGGUGUUCAAACAAAGUCUUCGUUAGAUGAAUUUUAACGAUUAAUUAUGGCCGUUUAGUGCAGUUUUAUGUUCUUAUUUACGUGUUAACAUUUAUUUUAGAUUAUUUACGCAUUUUUUUUUCUUUUUUGAUAGAAAUUGUAUUAAAUGUUUUAUUAAAA